AUGGGCCAGUUCUACGAAACAUUCCCACCCUCGCUCGUCCAAUGGCUCCUGGAGCAAAAGGUCUUUUACAUCGCCUCGGCCCCCCUGUCGGGCGAUGGGCACGUCAACGUGUCUCCUAAGGGCGUCUCGGACAAGGGCGGGCCGUUCUUUGGCGUCCUCAAGGAGCCCAAGAACGGCUCGCCCGCAGCGGACAAAAGAGUCGGCGAGGACGACGAGGAGAAAAAGGCGACAAACGACAAGAACAUCGUCAUCCGCAAGUUCUGGUACAUGGACCUGACAGGCUCGGGCAUCGAGACGACCUCGCACCUGCAUGAGCCGGGCAACGGGCGCAUCACCGUCAUGUUCAAUGCGUUCUCGGGCCCGCCGCGUAUCUUGAGGAUUUUUGGCAAAGGCACGCCCUUGGAGUACGGCACGCCCGCCUUCAACGACAUCGUCUCGUCCCAGAACAUCACCAUCAUCCCCGGCACGCGCUCCAUCAUCCUGGUGGACAUCCACCAGGUGGGCACGUCGUGCGGCUUCUCCAUGCCGUGCUACGAUUUUGUCAGUUUCCGCCCGACGCUCAACGACUUUUUCGAGAAGCGCGUCGCGAGCGAGAGGGCCGGGAAGAGGGAGGACGGGAUCGAGAGGUACUGGGCGCACAAGAACGCAUGGAGCAUGGACGGCCUGCCCGGCCUGCAGCGGGGCGUCAAGACCGCGCUGACCGACGACGUGAAGCCCAUCAAGAAAAUGGUUGGGCCGUACGCACCGCCCUCCAACGGGGGUGGUCGAUCGCGGAGGCCGACCGGCGCGUUUGCCCCGGGCCAUCUGAUCCUUGUGGCCAUCCUGAGCUCGCUGACUACAGCUAUCCUAGUCCUGGUCCUGUUGAGAGUCAAAGGUGAGCAAAGAAUCAUGUUGGGGAGAGGGGUGUGGGGAUGA